AUGCAUCCCACCCGCGUGCUUCAGCUUCUCGCUGCCGCCUCUGUAGCACAGGCAUCAUGGUUCAACUUGAACUUUAGAGCAGAGCCCCGCGAUGAGGUUGUCAAGAGACAAACAGGAAUCAGUGGCGCCGAGACCACCACCGGUGCUGCUCAAACCACCACAUCCGCCGCUGCCGAGACCACAACUACGACAUCCGCACCCGUCACGAGCACCACUGCCGCUGCCGCAUCUACCACCUCUACUGCCGCCCCCGCCUCGACAACAACCCCCAACGCGCCCGCAUCCUCUACCGCCGCCGGAGAAUCGGCAGCUCCCACCACCCUGAGAACCAGCACCACGUCGGCCGCCAGUAACGAUGAGACCACGACCAGCGGCGCCAGCGCUGCCUCUACCACGGUCUCCACCACCGCUCAGCCCGUUACCUCCACCAUCCGAACUGUCAUCACGACGACCAACUCCGCCGGUCAAGCUACUUCCUACACCACCGAAUCUACCGUCACGUCCACCCCGGGCUUAAACGGGGCCGGCUCUAGCGACUCCUCUUCCGGCAUGUCCACUCAGACCCGUAACACCGUCAUUGGUGUUGUUGUUGGUGUCGGCGGUGCCAUUGUUCUCGGCGCUCUCGGCUUCGUCGCGUGGAGAAUUUGGGGCAAGAAGAAGCAGGCCGAGGAGAACGACGGUCUCAUGGAGUAUAACAACCAGUAUGGCAACGAGGCGAAGGCCGAGGUCGGUAGCGCCCAGGGAGCCGGCCGCACCCCGUUCCAGUCGACUCUCGAGAGCUACCACGCGCCAAACCAAGUCAACGCAUCGUCCAACUUUUAA